AUGGCUUUCUUAUUUGAGAAUGGGGAAAAUUACUCUGCUACUGAAGAUCUAAUGCAAUACACCAACUUACCUUUCACCGACCGAGUAAUGAGAUUCCCCAUGCCUGGUAAUUUUAAGGUUCCUCGAGUUGGCGAAUAUGAUGGAAGUGGAGAUCCUUCCGACCAUAUGGAGAGUUUCCGAGCUCAUAUCAUCCUUCAUGAAACUCCUGAUGAAAUCGCUUGUCGAGCCUUCCCUUUAACUUUAAGGGGAGUCGCAAAGGAAUGGUUCGGAAGUUUGAAACCAAAAUCGGUUUAUGGCUUUGAUUACCUUGGGCAACAGUUCCUGGGUCAGUUCCUUGCCACUAGAAGAAGGAAGAAAAAACCGGCAUAUCUAUUGUCUCUCAUGCAGGGAAAAGACGAAUCCUUGAAAGAAUAUUUGUCGCGGUUUAAUCGGGAAAAGUUGACAGUAGAGAGUACUGACAAGCAAACCAUCCUCUCAGCAUUGAUGCAUGGUAUACAAACCGUAGGGCCUCUGAUGGCCGAGUUGUCAAAAAGGCCAAAAACAGGAACUUUGCGACAGUUCAACAGCAAGGCUGAGGAAUUCAUCAACCAAGAAGAAACUAUCUCAGCAUUGCUGAAAUCUAAAGCUGCCGAGGGUAAGUUUGCUGCUGAUCCGGUUAUGACAAAACCAAGAGUUAUACUCGAGAAGAAGAAAAAAGACGGUCAAAGUCUUAAGGUUCAAGAUAAGAAGGUCAGUCUUUUGCCUCAUCCAGUCCAGCAUCAACAAUAUGUGGGAUGGACGCCCUUGAAUACAUCUGUUUAUAGGGUGUUCAUGGAAGUUAAGAAGGACCCAAGUUUUCGAUGGCCAGGAAGGAUGAAUCUUCGGUUUGAGAUCGAAAAUUUUUUGAGAAAUGGGAAGUUAUUGAAUUUCUUGGCUGAGGAAAACAUCAAAGGAAAGAAUGUUCAGGAUGUACAGGGACAGCAUUCGGGUCAGGAUAACGACCGAUCACGUAACCAGAGGCAAAGGCGAGAUGGGCCGAGGAUUACGCAGAAUCAGCAGCAAAAUCCUCAGAAUCAAGCUAUUAUUGGCGAAAUUCACACUAUCUCAGCAGGUCUGGCUGGCGGAGGAGAGUCAAGCUCGGCAAGGAAGGCUUACGUCAAGCAAGCUAGAAUGGAAGAAAUCUUCGCACUGGAGAAACCCUCCAAGAUUCAAAAGAAGGAACCGAGUGUACUAACAUUCUCGGAGGAAGAUGCGAAAGAGGUCUCGAUGCCACAUGAUGAUGCGUUGGUGAUAAUUCUGACGGUGGCUAACCACGCCAUUCACCGAGUCUUGGUAGAUAAUGGAAGCUCGGUUGAUAUCAUUUACUGGACGGUUGUUUAA